AUGGCUCAGAACAUCCCCAGAGCAUUCAAUGAUGCAUGGGAGACGGGAAAGGCUCAGAUGAACAACUACAAGCAGCCCCUAUCAAGGUUUCUGAACAAAGGAGAUAAGGGAACACAGCUACGCGAUGAUGAGGAUGGCUAUCCAUCUGCUGUGCAAAACCCAGCGGCUCAAGAUGGUGCGACAAAUCUGUAUUCUUACGACCAGACUGUUGAUGGUAUGCAGGUUCACUCCAAUAAGAUUCUGCAGAUGACAGAGAAUCUGCAAUGUUGUAACUGUCGGAAGAGGUGGCAACUAGCUAUUUUGGCAAAUCUUGGCUUUAUGAUCGUUUUCGGUAUUCGCUGCAAUUUCGGUGCAGCCAAAAAUCACAUGUUCAUGGAUUACACAGACCCAUGGGGCCAAAAACACAAACAUGAUUUUAACUGGACAUUAGCGGAAUUGAGUGUUAUGGAAAGCUCUUUCUUCUAUGGUUAUCUUGUCACGCAAAUUCCAGCCGGAUUUCUAGCUGCCAAAUAUCCACCAAACAAACUUUUUGGAAUUGCCAUAGGCAUGGCCUCCUUUCUAAACACUCUUCUUCCAUACGCCUUCAACUCCAAAAGUGACUUCCUUGUGGCCGUCAUUCAAAUUAUGCAGGGUCUUGUGCAGGGAGUCGCUUUUCCGUCGAUGCACGGUGUUUGGCGAUUCUGGGCCCCGCCAUUGGAGCGGUCCAAAUUGGCUACAACGUCUUUCACCGGCUCCUAUGCUGGAGCGGUGCUGGGCCUUCCAGUGUCCGCUUGGCUCGUUUCGUACAUUAGCUGGAGCGCUCCGUUUUACCUCUAUGGUGUUGUUGGCUGCGUUUGGGCAGUUUUUUGGUUCUCUCUGACCUUUGAAAAGCCUGCAUUCCAUCCGACAAUUUCACUUGAAGAAAAGAAAUACAUUGAAGAAGCUAUAGGAAACGUGUCUAGUAGUCAUCCCACUUUCCGCACAGUCCCGUGGAAGGCAAUCAUAACUUCAAAACCCGUGUGGGCGAUUAUAGUAGCGAAUUUUGCCCGAAGUUGGACGUUCUACUUACUUCUACAAAACCAGCUCACUUAUAUGAAGGAGAAGCUCGACAUGAACAUUAAUAAUUCUGGGAUGCUCGCAGCUCUCCCACAUGCUGUCAUGGGUGUGGUUGUAUUACUAGGAGGACAAUUAGCCGAUUACCUACGAUCCCAUAAGAUCUUAUCGACUACGGCUGUGAGAAAACUCUUCAACUGCGGAGGCUUCGGUGGUGAAGCACUCUUUAUGCUGGUUGUCGCUUACACGAACAAAGAGUCCACUGCUGUACUGGCUCUCGUACUGGCCGUCGGAUCUUCUGGUUUUGCCAUUUCUGGAUUCAACGUAAACCACCUGGAUAUUGCACCUCGCUACGCAGCCAUUUUGAUGGGUUUCUCCAAUGGCAUCGGAACUUUGGCUGGCCUGACUUGUCCCAUCGUCACGGAAAAAUUUAUCGCACAUGGGGCACAUGGAUGGGAAAAGGUGUUUCUUCUUGCAAGUCUUAUUCACUUCACUGGAGUCACCUUCUAUGCGGUUUACGCUUCCGGAGAGCUUCAGGACUGGGCUGAACCAAAACCUGAAGAGGAAGCAUGGAAUGUCACUAGUCUCAAUCAGAGGGCUAGUAAUGCUGGUUAUGGUGCAGCCAAAAACGAUAUGCCAAUUACUCUGACGCCCUUACCGAAUCCUGACCAACUUGGCAAAGAACAAGCACCGUCAAUAGCUGGUGUGGCUCCAGCGCCUUCAUCAACAAAUCCUUUCGCUGCUGCUUGGGAGGAACCACCUGCAGGGUCAAAGCCUCCCUAUCAAAACUGGUGAUAGCGAUGAGUUGGCGCGGAUUCAAAACCAAAUCCAUUCCUCAGUGAUGCUGCUUGUGAUUUACUAUUCUGAUUCAGCAAUGAUUAUUGAAAUCAAUUUAUGCAUACGCAUAGGAAGAAGGAGAUCUCUAAGUUGUUGUAGAAAUUAGGAUACAGACGUCUCUC